UUGUUCCUGUUGGAGCGACUUGCACCAAUCAAAAAGGUGCAGAGGAGAGGACUGAGCCAGCCUUACCUCCACAGCCAAAAGAUCGCCGGGCUUAGUGGGAGAGGAAUAGGGGGGAAAACCUGAGUCGGAGGGAGGUUGAACGACUAAACUGGUUUGGAUCGGACGGUUGCUUAAAGGGGAAGCGCCAUUGUCAGCAGAGCGGCGCCCGGGGCCCGGACGGACUGGCGGCGCCCGGGAGCGAGGGCGCAGCGCUCCUAAGGAGGGAACAUUCCAUACUCUUCUGAGUAUAAGGUGAAUCCUUGCUGUUGACAGCUUUACAUCAAUGUGCCUACUUGUAUGCCCACAAAUUAUGUUAAAGAUUGAAAACAAACUUAUAGAUGGAUCCUCUCCAACUCUGGUGUUUUUUCAACAUGUACUGUGCCUCAACUACCAUUUCUAAGUGAAAUAAAGCCAUUUAUUUGAGUCUUGGAUUAUUGUUUGCUCAACUAAUCUGCCCAAGAUUGAUGCAGUCAAGGUAGAUGAACCAAGUUAUCAUCAAGAGAUCAUUUUGUUGGGUGGUACGCCUCAGCGCCAGCCAGCAGUGUAAAUAAAUUCCGAGCUUCACCCAAUUUCCAUUCCACCGUAGAUAAAAAGAAUAUCGUCAUGUCCAACAUUACUAUUGACCCAGAUGUCAAACCUGGGGAAUAUGUCAUCAAGAGUCUCUUUGCAGAAUUUGCUGUUCAAGCUGAAAAGAAAAUUGAAGUUGUAAUGGCUGAGCCUUUGGAGAAGUUAUUGUCUAGAUCUCUUCAAAGGGGUGAAGAUCUUCAGUUUGACCAGUUGAUAAGCUCUAUGAGCUCAGUAGCAGAGCACUGUCUCCCAUCCUUACUUCGCACCUUGUUUGACUGGUAUAGACGUCAAAAUGGAACUGAAGAUGAAUCAUAUGAAUAUAGGCCCCGAUCUAGCACAAAAUCUAAAGGGGAUGAACAGCAACGUGAAAGAGAUUACCUACUUGAAAGGAGAGAUUUAGCUGUAGAUUUCAUUUUUUGUUUAGUUUUAGUAGAAGUUCUGAAACAGAUUCCUGUUCAUCCAGUGCCAGAUCCCUUAGUUCAUGAAGUUUUAAACUUGGCUUUUAAGCACUUUAAACACAAGGAAGGGUAUUCAGGAACCAACACUGGGAAUGUGCAUAUUAUUGCAGAUUUAUAUGCAGAAGUGAUAGGGGUUCUUGCUCAAUCAAAGUUUCAGGCUGUGCGGAAGAAAUUUGUAACUGAAUUGAAGGAGCUGAGACAAAAAGAACAAAGCCCACACGUAGUACAAAGUAUCAUCAGUUUAAUAAUGGGGAUGAAAUUUUUCCGAGUGAAAAUGUAUCCUGUAGAAGACUUUGAAGCCUCAUUUCAGUUCAUGCAGGAAUGUGCUCAGUAUUUCCUUGAAGUAAAAGAUAAAGACAUUAAACAUGCACUUGCUGGUUUGUUUGUGGAGAUUCUCAUCCCUGUGGCUGCUGCCGUUAAAAAUGAAGUAAAUGUUCCGUGUUUGAAAAAUUUUGUGGAGAUGCUGUAUCAAACUACUUUUGAAUUGAGCUCCAGAAAAAAACAUUCACUGGCUUUGUAUCCACUGAUCACCUGCCUUUUGUGUGUCAGUCAAAAGCAAUUUUUCUUAAAUAACUGGCACAUUUUCCUACAGAACUGUUUGUCACAUUUAAAGAUGCCAUCUAACAACAGUAUCAGAAAACAAAUAGAAACACUCCAGAAUAAAGAUCCCAAAAUGUCCCGAGUUGCACUGGAAUCUUUGUAUAGACUAUUGUGGGUUUAUGUAAUUAGAAUAAAAUGUGAAAGCAACACUGUAACUCAGAGUCGUCUUAUGAGCAUAGUAUCAGCACUUUUUCCAAAAGGCUCCCGUAGCGUAGUCCCUCGUGAUACACCGCUUAAUAUAUUUGUCAAGAUUAUUCAAUUCAUUGCUCAGGAACGUUUGGAUUUUGCAAUGAAAGAAAUAAUAUUUGAUCUUCUUAGUGUUGGAAAAUCUACUAAAACCUUCACCAUUAAUCCAGAGAGGAUGAACAUUGGUCUCAGAGUCUUCCUUGUGAUAGCAGACAGUUUGCAGCAGAAAGAUGGUGAGCCACCAAUGCCAACCACAGGAGUCAUUCUUCCCUCAGGAAACACUCUUCGUGUAAAGAAAAUUUUUCUUAAUAAAACUUUGACAGAUGAAGAAGCAAAAGUCAUAGGAAUGUCAAUAUACUACCCUCAAGUAAGAAAAGCACUAGACAGCAUACUUAGACAUUUAGACAAAGAAGUUGGAAGACCAAUGUGUAUGACUAGUGUACAGAUGUCUAAUAAGGAGCCUGAAGAUAUGAUCACGGGUGAGAGAAAACCGAAGAUUGAUUUGUUUAGAACGUGUAUUGCUGCUAUCCCAAGAUUGAUUCCAGAUGGUAUGAGCAGAACUGACCUCAUUGAAUUAUUAGCAAGGCUCACAAUUCAUAUGGAUGAAGAACUACGUGCUCUGGCUUUCAAUACUCUGCAGGCACUAAUGCUUGAUUUUCCAGAUUGGCGGGAAGAUGUUCUUUCAGGAUUUGUUUAUUUUAUUGUACGUGAAGUUACUGAUGUCCAUCCUACACUUCUUGACAAUGCUGUAAAAAUGUUGGUGCAGUUAAUAAAUCAGUGGAAACAAGCAGCCCAAAUGCACAUUAAAAACCAAGACUCACAGCGCGACAUAUCUAAUGGAGCUGCUCAUACCCUUCCUUUGGAGAGAAUCCCAUAUUCCAAUGUAUUCCAUGUGGUGGAAGGAUUUGCACUUGUCAUUCUUUGUAGCAGUCGUCCUGCCACUAGGAGAUUAGCUGUCAGUGUCCUUAGAGAAAUACGAGCUUUAUUUGCACUUUUGGAAAUUUCUAAGGGUGAUGAUGAAUUGGCCAUAGAUGUCAUGGACAGAUUGAGCCCCUCCAUUCUUGAGAGCUUCAUACACCUCACAGGGGCUGAUCAGACAACUUUAUUAUAUUGCCCUGGCUCCAUAGAUUUGCAGACAUUGGCUGAGUGGAGCUCAUCUCCCAUCAGCCACCAGUUUGAUGUGAUCAGUCCAUCUCAUAUAUGGAUAUUUGCACAUGUGACUCAGGGGCAAGAUCCAUGGAUAAUUAGUCUGUCAAGUUUUAUGAAACAAGAAAAUCUUCCAAAAUACUGCUCUACUGCUGUGAGCUAUGCUUGGAUGUUUGCCUACACAAGACUUCAAUUGUUAUCUCCACAGGUUGACGUAAAUAGCCCAAUCAAUGCUAAAAAAGUCAAUGCUACCAUGAGCAGUGAUUCCUACAUUGGACUUUGGAGAAACUACCUGAUUCUUUGCUGUAGUGCAGCCACAUGCUCAUCCUCUUCAACAUCUACUGGUUCCAUGAGGUGCUCUCCUCCCGAGACGUUGGCAUCUACUCCUGACAGUGGUUAUGGCAUUGAUUCUAAAAUUAUUGGCAUUCCAUCCCCUUCUUCCUUGUUUAAGCACAUAGUUCCAAUGAUGCGCUCUGAGAGCAUGGAAAUAACUGAAUCCCUUGUUCUUGGUCUUGGCAGGACCAACCCAGGAGCUUUUAGGGAACUAAUAGAAGAAUUGCACCCUAUAAUUAAAGAAGCGCUUGAAAGAAGGCCAGAGAAUAUGAAACGGCGCAGGCGUCGAGAUAUUUUGCGAGUGCAGCUGGUACGGAUAUUUGAACUGCUGGCAGAUGCUGGUGUCAUCAGCCACAGUGCAAGUGGUGGCCUUGAUAAUGAAACACAUUCCCUCAAUAACACUUUGCUGGAGUAUGUAGAUCUAACUAGGCAACUCCUAGAAGCAGAAAAUGAAAAGGACUCUGAUACACUGAAGGAUAUACGAUGCCAUUUUAGUGCCUUAGUGGCGAAUAUCAUUCAGAAUGUUCCAGUUCACCAGAGAAGAAGCAUCUUUCCCCAACAGAGCCUCCGUCACAGUCUCUUCAUGUUGUUCAGUCAUUGGGCAGGUCCUUUUAGCAUCAUGUUUACUCCCUUGGACAGAUACAGUGAUAGGAACAUGCAGAUUAAUAGACAUCAGUACUGUGCAUUAAAGGCUAUGUCUGCUGUUCUCUGUUGUGGCCCUGUUGCAGAUAAUGUAGGACUCUCUUCAGAUGGCUACUUAUACAAAUGGCUGGAUAAUAUUUUAGAUUCUCUGGACAAAAAGGUUCAUCAGUUGGGCUGUGAGGCAGUUACACUAUUAUUGGAGCUCAACCCUGACCAGAGCAAUCUGAUGUAUUGGGCUGUGGAUCGAUGUUACACGGGUUCCAAGAGGGUAGCAGCUGGCUGCUUUAAAGCUAUAGCUAAUGUGUUCCAAAACAGGGACUACCAGUGUGACACAGUGACUCUCCUAAACCUGAUAUUAUUUAAAGCAGCUGAUUCUUCAAGGAGUAUCUAUGAAGUUGCUAUGCAGUUAUUACAGAUUCUAGAACCGAAGAUGUUUCGCUACGCUCACAAAUUGGAGGUUCAUAGAAUUGAUGGAGUACUCAGUCAGCUAUCUCCUCUGCCACACCUGUAUUCUGUUUCAUAUUAUCAAUUGUCAGAGGAAUUAGCAAGGACUUAUCCUGAACUAACCCUUGCUAUCUUUUCAGAGAUAAGUCAGAGAAUUCAAACGGCUCAUCCAGCUGGGAGACAAAUAAUGUUGCACUAUUUGUUACCAUGGAUGAACAAUAUAGAGUUGGUGGAUUUGAAACCUUUGCCAACAGUAAGGCGGCAUGAUGAAGAUGAAGAUGAAGUUUUAAAAGACCGAGAACUCAUGGUGAAUAGUAGACGUUGGCUACGAGGAGAAGGUUGGGGGUCACCACAGGCUACAGCAAUGGUUUUGAACAAUCUGAUGUACAUGACAGCAAAGUAUGGUGACGAGUUGGCAUGGUCAGAGAUUGAGAAUGUUUGGACCACACUGGCAGACAGCUGGCCAAAGAAUUUGAAAAUAAUUUUGCACUUUUUGAUCAGCAUUUGUGGAGUGAAUAGUGAACCUAGCCUCUUGCCUUAUGUGAAGAAGGUUAUUGUAUAUUUAGGCAGAGAUAAAACAAUGCAGCUCUUAGAAGAAUUGGUGAGUGAACUUCAGCUUACAGAUCCAGUCAGCUCAGGAAUCACUCACAUGGAUAAUCCACCAUAUUACCGCAUUACUUCCAGUUAUAAAAUACCAUCUGUCACCUCAGGAACCACUUCCAGUAGCAAUACAAUGGUACCUCCUACAGAUGGCAGCCUCGACAAUAAGCACGUGAAAGACAACACUGAGGAGAGCUAUGUUCAUCUAGACAUCUACAGUGGACUGAACAGCAAUUUAAAUCGACAACAUCACAGACUAGAAUCUCGUUACAGUAGCAGCUCAGGAGGGUCAUAUGAAGAAGAGAAAAGUGAUUCAAUGCCACUUUACUCUAAUUGGCGACUGAAAGUGAUGGAACAUAAUCAAGGAGAGCCCCUGCCUUUUCCUCCUGCUGGAGGGUGUUGGUCACCAUUGGUAGAUUAUUUGCCUGAAACUUCAUCACCUGGAUUAUCUCUUCACAGGUGUAACGUAGCAGUGAUCCUUUUGACUGACCUGAUCAUUGAUCAUAGUGUGAAGGUGGAAUGGGGAAGCUAUAUACACCUUCUUCUGCAUGCAAUUUUUAUAGGGUUUGACCACUGCCACCCUGAGGUAUAUGAGCAUUGCAAACGCCUGCUUUUGCAUUUAUUGAUAGUAAUGGGGUCCACCAGUAAUGUCCGAACUGUUGCUUCGGUCCUUCUCAGGAAUAAGGAGUUUAAUGAGUCCAGGGUGCUUACUGUCAGACAGUCUGCACAUUUAGACUAUACUUUCACAGGCGUUAACGACUUUAUGCCCGAUUACCAGCCCUCCCCCAUGACAGACUCAGGGCUUAGCUCCAGUUCUACCUCUUCUAGUGUCAGCCUAGGAAAUAACAGCUCGGCCAUCUCGCACCUGCACACCGCUCUUCUGAAUGAGGCAGACGUUUCAGUAGAGCAGGAUGAAAAAGUAAAAGCACUCAUGGAGUUCAUCACCUCGAGAAAAAGAGGGCCUCUUUGGAACCAUGAAGAUGUUUCUGCCAAGAACCCCAGUAUUAAGAGUGCUGAGCAGUUGACUGUUUUUCUAAAACAUGUGGUGUCUGUGUUUAAACAAUCAAGCUCAGCAAGAUUUCAGUUGGAGCAUCAUCUUAGUGAAGUCGCUUUGCAAACAGCACUUUCUUGUUCUUCUCGACACUAUGCUGGGAGAUCUUUUCAGAUUUUCAGAGCCCUGAAGCAGCCACUUUCUGCAAAUACACUUUCAGAUGUUCUUUCUAGACUUGUAGAAACUGUAGGUGAUGCAGGAGAAGAUGCCCAGGGUUUUGUGAUAGAACUCCUUCUCACUUUGGAGUCUUCAAUUGAUACGUUGGCAGAAACCAUGAAGCAUUAUGAUCUUCUUUCUGCCCUUUCUAAAACCUCAUACCAUGAUCCUGUCAUGGGAAACAAGUUUGCAGCUAACAGGAAAAGCACUGGACAACUCAAUCUAAGCACAAGCCCUAUUAAUAGUGGCAAUUAUUUGAGCUAUUACAGCAAUGCAAGAAGUAACUCUUUGAGACUAAGUUUAAUUGGUGACCGAAGAGGUGACAGGCGAAGGAGUAACACACUGGAUAUAAUGGAUGGACGGAUAAAUCAUGGUGGCAGUUUAGCAAGGACUAGAAGCCUUUCCUCUCUGAGAGAGGGAGGAAUUAAUGAUGUGCAAUCCACUACUGACCCUACUAACUUGAUGGCCACCAUAUUUUGGAUAGCAGCAUCCUUGCUGGAAUCAGAUUAUGAAUAUGAAUACCUCCUGGCUCUCAGGCUACUCAAUAAACUGCUCAUUCACUUGCCUUUGGAUAAAUCUGAGAGCAGAGAGAAGAUUGAAAAUGUACAAAGUCAAUUAAAAUGGAAUAAUUUUCCAGGUCUUCAGCAGCUUUUCCUUAAGGGCUUUACCUCAGUAUCUACACAGGAAAUGACAGUCCACCUCCUCAGUAAACUCAUUACUGUCUCCAAAUACACUUUGGUGGAUCCUUCCCAAUUAUCAGGUUUUCCCUUAAACAUCCUGUGCUUAUUGCCUCAUUUAAUUCAGCAUUUUGAUAACCCAACACAGUUCUGCAAAGAAACAGCUGGUCGAAUAGCAAAGGUCUGUGCAGAAGAAAAAUCACCAACACUUGUCAAUUUGGCUCACAUGAUGAGUUUAUACAGUACACACACUUAUUCCAGGGACUGCUCAAAUUGGAUUAAUGUAGUAUGUCGAUAUCUACAUGAUUCCUUCUCAGAAACUACAUUUAAUCUUGUAACUUACCUUGCUGAGCUUUUAGAAAAAGGGCUGUCCAGUAUGCAGCAGUCUUUACUACAGAUCAUUUAUAGCCUUCUGAGUCAUAUUGACCUCUCAGCGGCCCCAGUGAAACAAUUUAAUUUGGAGAUUAUAAAGGUUAUUGGGAAAUAUGUACAGAGUCCAUACUGGAAAGAAGCCCUCAACAUAUUAAAACUGGUGGUAUCCCGGUCUGCAAGCCUUGUUGUCCCUAACGAUAUCCCUAAGAGUUAUGGCAGUGAUAUGGGUUCUCCUGAAAUAUCAUUCACAAAAAUUUUUAAUAAUGUCUCCAAGGAGUUGCCUGGAAAGACAUUAGAUUUUCAUUUUGAUAUAUCUGAGACACCAAUUAUUGGAAAUAAAUAUGGUGAUCAACAUAGUGCAGCUGGAAGAAAUGGGAAACCAAAAGUCAUUGCAGUUACUCGAAGUACCUCUUCAACUUCAUCAGGUUCUAAUUCAAAUGCCCUUGUGCCUGUUAGCUGGAAGAGACCACAGUUAUCCCAGAGAAGAACAAGAGAGAAGCUAAUGAAUGUGCUAUCCCUCUGUGGUCCAGAGUCUGGUCUCCCAAAGAAUCCAUCGGUUGUGUUUUCUUCUAAUGAGGAUUUGGAGGUUGGAGACCAACAAACUAGUCUUAUUUCUGCAACAGAGGAAAUAAUUCAGGAGGAGGAAGUGGUUGUGGAGGACAACAGCAGCGAACAGCAAUUUGGAGUUUUUAAGGAUUUUGACUUUUUAGAUGUGGAGCUGGAAGAUGCAGAGGGUGAAAGUAUGGACAAUUUCAACUGGGGAGUCCGUCGGCGCUCACUUGACAGCAUUGACAAAGGGGACACGCCCUCCCUUCAGGAAUGUCAGUACUCUGGCAGCACACCCAGCCUCAACUUGACCAAUCAGGAAGAUACCGAUGAGUCCUCAGAAGAGGAAGCAGCCCUGACAGCAAGCCAAAUCCUCUCUCGCUCCCAAAUGUUAAACAAUGAAUCGGCUCUAGAUGAAGUGCCAGACAACCAAGACUCCCUUCUUCAGUGCCGAGAUUCAGCUAGCAGUGUCACCAUAGAAGAAGUGCUUCAGAUCAGAGCUGACAGCCCGAGUGUGGAGGCUUCUCUAGAUAAUGUUAACAGCCAGCUGCCUGAGGUGGGGAGACAGGAUGGAAGUUCAUUAUUGAAAGAUGAACAUGUUAACAUGGCUUUUGAAGACGAAGGGUCCUAUGUUAUGCAAGAACAGCAAGAAUCUCUCAUGUGUCAAGAAAUUCUUGAAUUGGAAGAAACUGAAAUCCCAGAGCCCCCAAUCCUUGAAAGCUAUCCUGAAUCAGUGUGUGAAGAGGAUGUUACCCUUGCUUUGAAAGAGCUGGAUGAAAGAUGUGAAGAAGAAGAAGCUGACUUCUCAGGUUUGUCUAGCCAAGAUGAGGAAGAACAGGAUGGCUUUCCAGAAAUGCAGACAUCCCCGCCACCAUCACCAUUUCUUUCUGCCAUAAUAGCAGCUUUUCAGCCAGUAGCAUAUGAUGAUGAAGAAGAAGCCUGGCGUUGUCAUGUCAACCAAAUGCUUUCUGACACAGAUGGGUCCUGCGCUGUCUUCACUUUCCAUGUGUUCUCCAGGCUGUUUCAGACCAUUCAAAGAAAAUUUGGGGCUAUAACAAAUGAUUCAGUCAGUUUUCUUGGAGAGAGUCUCCAGCGAAUUGGAACAAAGUUUAAAAGUUCAUUGGAAGUAAUGAUGAUGUGUUCAGAAUGCCCAACAGUAUUUGUGGAUGCUGAAACGUUGAUGUCAUGUGGUUUGCUAGAAACACUAAAGUUCAGCGUGUUAGAAUUGCAAGAACAUCUGGAUACGUAUAAUGCCAAAAGAGAAGCAGCUGAACAGUGGUUAGAAAAUUGCAAGAGGACAUUUGGUGGUGGUGAUAACAUGUAUAGAAAUAACACAGAUGCACAGCAAAUGGAAAUUCUAGCAGAACUGGAAUUGUGUCGAAGGUUAUACAAAUUGCAUUUCCAGUUGCUACUUCUGUUCCAGGCCUACUGUAAACUUAUCAGCCAAGUAGAUACAAUCAAAAAUGAAGCAGAGGUCAUUAACAUGUCAGAUGAACUUGCCCAGUUGGAAAGUUUUCUUCAGGAGGCUGAAGCUGCCUCCGAGAACAUUGAAGAGGCUGAUGUACCUGAGGCUGCACAGGCAACAAUAGAAACUGCCAUUCAUUCUCUCAUUGAAACUUUGAGAAAUAAGGAGUUUAUGGCAGCAGUAGCACAAGUCAAAACAUUCAGGUGUCUUUGGCCCAAUGACAUAUUUGGCAGUUGUGAAGAUGAUCCUGUUCAAACACUGUUACACAUAUAUUUCCGUCAUCAAACAUUGGGCCAGACAGGCAGUUUUGCAGUUAUAGGCUCUAACCAGGACAUGUCAGAAGCCGGUUUAAAACUGAUGGAACUUAAUCUAGAAAUAAGAGAAUCUCUACGAAUGGUGCAAUCAUAUCAGCUUCUAACAAAGGCCAAACCUAUUGGAAAUUUGGUGAGCACUGGAUUCUGAAAAGCUUCAUCAUUUAGAAAAUGAAAAAGAUUAAAACUGAGAGAUACUUCAGAAUUUUAUCAAGCACCUUUCACAAACUGUUGCAACUUUUAUUGAUACUUUUUCCAGCAGCAUCCACAACCUUGGUGACCAAUGUAGAAUUUUAUCAAAAUAAGAAAUUAAGAACUUGAAAACAAAAGCUCUGAAGGAAAAAAAAAUGCUUACUGACUGCCAUUACUUCACAUAACUAUGUACAGUAGUAACUUUUUAAAAAAUUAUAUAAAAUAAACUACAUGAAAGGAAAAGGGCUAAAAGCGAUGCACAGAAAUGCAUUAUUUUCUGCAGCAAGAAAAUAAUUCCAAGAGUAGUUGCAAUAAUGUUUCUCUAAUAAUGAAACAAUGAAAAGCAGGUGGAAUGAGGCUGAAAUCAAGGCUGAUUUAUUUUAGCUGAAGACCUGCAAGGCUUCCUGGCUUUCCAGCAAUCAUAAGCAUAAUCGUCACUUGAUACCUAAUUAUCUACAUGAAGAAUGUGCAGUCAGACAUCAGCAGAAAAAGACUUGUUUGCAAAAACCAUUGAUUGCUUAAUGUUUGGGGAUUGCAGUUGUGUGUGGUGGACUUUUUUGUUUUUGUUUUGUCUGCAUAAGGAAUUAUAUGUGCGAGAGUUAGGAUGUGUGGAUAUGUGACAGUCACAUUUUCAAAGUAUGGAUGUUUGUUGAUAAAGUCUCAGAGCAUGCCUAAAAGAGCACUGCAAAUUAUUUUUGAAGAAAUUUUAUUUUAUUAGAUCUAACUCUUCAUAGUGUGUAAAUGUUAGGACAUUAAAUAAUAUUUUAAAACUGGGCUUUCCCAGAAUUUCUAAAAGAAAUAAUAUAUCUGUUAACUUUAUUGGAAUGCUGCUCAGUUCUCUGAUCAGUGCUUAUGUUACAAUUAUUGAUAACAACUAACCAAAGUAGCUGCCUGCAGAGACUUUAAAAUGUAUAUUAAAGAUAAUAUGCUGCCCAUCAGCAACUCACUAGAAAAAAGUUAACUUAUUUUAUUCUGUAAAUAUUCUAGAAAUUGUAUAGAAUAAAACCAGUAUUUUUCUUGUACAUUUGUGCAAUGCACUGUUAUACAAGAAUAGGUGUACAAAGCUAAUGAAAAAAUUGUGGCCACUGGUGGUAGAAACAUAUGACUUGCAGAUCCUGUUGUCUGCUGAAGAGGUGCAAAUGUAUUGAUGUUUAUUCAGGACUUAAGUGACAACUAAGGAAGCUUGGGCUGCAGAAGAAAAAUAAAAUAAAAGGACCACAGAGGAUGGAUACCAAAACAUGCGAUAGACUUCUCCAUUGAGUCUGUGGUAUAACAUGAACUGUACCUGUUGGGGUUUUUUUUAAAAGCAUUUUGUAAACGAAAUGAAUGUAGUCCCACGAUUCCUCUGAUUUGAAAGGAACACCUUGUAUUUUUUAUAUGCAUCUCUUACCCACUGUGAUUUUUUUAAAAACCAGGCUCUGUGAUUCCAGAGUUUAGAAUGUAGAAAUGAUAUUCUUAGCUUUGCCUUUUCUUGGGGAAGAGGACCCCACCAGAAAUGUAAUUAUGCUGAAAUGCAUUAAUUGAAGGCACUGUGCGCGCUGUUGGACUGCUGACAGUAGUUAUGUUACCUUUAAAGUUCUAUAACUGGUCAUGGCACAUUCAUAAUCACUGUAUUUUUUUGACCCUGAUAAAACUGAGUUAUUUUGAUGG